AUGAGGGGAUUCCUCGGUGUCACUGUGCACUGGAUGGACAAAGAGGCAGAGAGGAUACAGCUUAAGUCCAAUCUCUUGGCUUGUGAGCGCUUCAAAGGCUCACAUACAGCUGAACGAAUCUGUGACAAAUUUGAGGCAAUAUGUGAUGAAUACAACAUUAAAGCUAAACUGGACUACAUUAUUAGUGACAAUGCUGCUAACAUGCGAAAAGCAUUCACUGUGUGCUUCCCCAGUGAACAAGAGGAUGACGAUGAUGGAGAUCAUCUGGAUGACCCUGAGCUCUGGUGUGAUUUAACCGUGGAAGAUCAGCAAACGGUAGAUGUUGCUAUGGCAAAGAAAAAGCGCUUGCAGUGUUUUGCACACACUCUUCAGCUGGUGGUGGGAGAUGGUUUGAAAAAAACAAAAGUGGUAUCUCCUUCUCUUUCGAAGUUAUCUAAAUUCAGCUCACUGCUGCACACAAGCACAACAUUCAAAGAUGUGUUUGAUGCUGAAUUUGGGGAACAGAAAGGCAUCCCUGCUGCAGUCAACACAAGAUGGAACUCAACACUGAGGCAAGUGAAGGCUGUUCUCCAGUGCAAUCAUGUAAGGCUCUGUGCUGUUCUAGAAAAGGCUGGGCACAGGGAGUUGUCAUUCACAGCACGGGAGUGGAAUCUGUUGAAAGAUUUGGUGGACAUCUUGAAGCCAUUUGGAGAAGCAACUGAUUUGACACAGGGGGAGAAGGUCAUCACAAUCAGUGCUGUUGUUCCAUCCAUCUUGUCCCUCAACCACCACCUUGAGAAACUGAAGCCUCAGGUCUGUUUUCUGAGCGGCCUGGUCAGAAGUCUCCAGACAUCCCUGAACAAAAGAUUUCUUGGAAUCUUCAUCAAUGUGAAAAUGGCCAGGACACAAGAUGGGAUCACUGCUCCCUUUUCAGAUCCAGUCUACCUCAAAGCAGCUGUCUUGGAUCCAGCCUUUUCUCUGUUGUGGGUGGAGCCCCAUGUGCUGGUCAGUCGUGACGUCAAGGCAGAGGUGGCACAACAGGUUAAAGAAUUGAUCCUGCAAGAUGCUGCAGAGACUGAGCAACCUGCGCCUCUUGUUGAUGAAAAAGAGCAAGGGGACCUUGGAGAAGGAGAAGGGCUGUUUGCUGCUUACCACAAGAGACAGAAGAAGGAUGUUGGGACUACUCCAGCACUACAGCUAAGUCACUACCUUGACAUAGCUGAAGGACAGAAUGCCCUUUUGUUCUGGGCAUUGAACAUGAAGACUCUUCCUUCACUGUUCCGAGUGGCCAUGAGAGUCUUGGCAGUGCCUGCCUCCAGUGCUCCAGUGGAGCGAGUUUUCAGCCAUGGUGGCAUCAUACUACGCCCCCAUCGUGCACAAAUGACUGACAUACUCUUGGCCAAUUUGCCUAUCGCGCUCUAUAUGAUCCAGCGUCCCAAGAUGGCUGCCAGGUGCGGUGGCUAA